AAUAAAACUUACAAAAAGUAAUCAAAAGUACAGAAUCAAGACAACUGCAUUCUAAUUUCUAAUUCUCUCUCUUUCUCUGUUCUCCUAAAGCCUAAACAGCAAUCAAAAUUCCCUUGUUCUUCUUGCUAUUCUCCUUGUUGGUAAAGGAAGGUAUUGUUGGAUAUUGGUGGUGAGUUAGCAGAGCAAUGAGUUACGAUAAACCUGAGCCUGGGCUAGACUCAGGCAAAAGAAAACUAAAGUAUCUGUUGCUUGAAAAAGAUAAUCGUGUUUGUGCUGAUUGUUCUGCUCCAGAACCCAAAUGGGCGUCUGCCAAUAUUGGAGUUUUUAUAUGUUUGAAAUGUUGUGAUGUGCAUAGGAGUCUUGGUUCUCAUGUUUCAAAGGUUUUAUCUGUGACACUAGAUGAUUGGGAUGAUGAUCAAAUCGAUUCAAUGAUCGAAGUAGGUGGGAAUGCUGCUGCGAAUUCAAUCUAUGAGGCUUGUAUUCCUGAAGGAGUCUCAAAGCCGGGACCUGAUGCUAGUCACGAGGAACGUUCUAAAUUUAUUAGAGCUAAGUAUGAGAAUGAAGACUUUCUAGAGCCCAGCUUGCGAAUUAUGUCAAAUUCAUCUGACAGGGAUUCUCCUAAGAGAAGUUCCUCACAGAAAUUUGUGGAUGAUUUAAGAAGUAGUUCAUCAAAGAAUACGCAGGAAGCCAUGGUGGUAUUUAUUGGAAUACUAAAGGUCAAAGUGAUUGAGGGCAGAAAUUUGGCUGUUCGAGAUGUGAGGACAAGUGACCCUUAUGUUCUCCUGCGGCUUGGAGAGCAGAAGGUCCAAACAACUGUUGUCAAAAGCAAUUUGAAUCCUGUAUGGAACGAGGAACUGAUGCUUUCUGUCCCUCAGGAUUAUGGACUCUUGAAAGUGGAAGUUUAUGAUCAGGAUACCUUUUCCGCUGAUGACAUUAUGGGAGAAGCGGAGGUUGAUAUCCAGCCAAUGGUAACCUCCGCAAUGGCAUUUGGAGAUGCUGGUAUGUUUGGGGACAUGCAGAUUGGUAAAUGGCUGAAAUCAAAUGACAAUUGUCUAACAGAAGAUAGCACAGUGAACAUCAUCGAUGGUAAAGUGAAACAGAAGAUGACUCUAAAGCUUCAGAAUGUAGAAUCUGGCGAAAUGGAUCUAGAAAUAGAGUUGAUGCCUCUCGACUCUUGAGCAAUAGUCAAAUACAAAGUUGGUAUACUGUUUUAAUUUAUUGCCACCAAAACUGCAGCAUGUGAUUUGUAUCUUCUUUUCCAGCUAGCUAAUGUUGAAAUAGAUGUGAACCUGAGAAAAACUGAAUAUGAUCAGGAUUCAAGAGGGGAAGAAACUUGUUUACAACAGAGGUAGUCCUGUAAUAUGAUUGAUGUUCAUGUAAUAUAUUCAGAAACAAAGAAUUGAAAGCAUUUUAGGAAUUAUUCCUGUACUGUAACAUUUAGCAGGCCGGUUGUGCAUUUGAAUAUUGCAUGUACAAGCUUUGCACAACUGUUUCAGAAGAAAAUUGAAAGGUUUUCUUGACA